CGACCGGUUGUCAAGAGUUCAUUGCCGAACUGUCACAAAACGCAAGUAAAAUGUCAGAAACAGCAGAAAACAAGGGGUCCAACUCCUUAACAGAACAGGAUUUUAGUUUAUUGUCGCAGGCGAACGAUGAAUUCAAUAAGCGACGUUACUCCAACUGUUUACAGACUUUGUCGCAGUUCGAACAAUCCGCUGGCAGCAAUGGGAAAACUCAGCACAACAAAGCUGUCGUUGCCUUUUAUGCAGGCGGAUGUAAAGAUUACAAGACAUUUCUGAAAGCCUUGGAACAAGACAUCCUGCAGUGCGAGAAGAAUCCGGGAGAAGUAUCCAGCAGAAAUGUGACGAUUGCAUACUUUAACAAAGCCGUAAUCCUUUUUCACCUCAGAAAACCGUUUGCAGCUAUGAAGAUCUUGGAGCCAUACGUGGAAAAGCUGGAGGAACUGGACGAGCCAUUGAAGUCGAAGAUAGGCUUGCUCAUGAUAGUCCUUCUUUUAUCCACUAACCAGUACGAAAAGGCGUACGAUACUCUAAACAAGUUUGCGAAGCAUGUGAGCGCCUCGUCUGAUUUAUUUGGAGCAGAAGAAGGCUUUUCCGCGAACAGUAAUUCCAACGACCUCAACAACUUCAAUCGAAUGUUCAAGUUGAUCUCUAUGUUGACGGAAAUUCUGAAUGAGAAUGUGGUGGCGAUUCCAGAUGAUGGGAGCAUAGAAUACACCUUUCUGAAGGCGCAUCAAUACUACCUCGGAAAAGACUUCCAAAUGGCCGCUAAACAACUGGCACGGCAGUUUCCUAGUCCGCCCUUCACUGCUGCGACCCAUGGAGAGGAUCAAGACAUUUGCCUGGCAAACAAUAUGGGUGUCAUCCAUCUCCGUGUGCGUCAUUAUGCGAUUGCGAGCCAAUUUUUCCAGUACGCUAUCCAUUUCGACAAUAAAAUAACAGAAAAUAUGAAGGACUCAUCGAUCUUAAACAUCGGAGCCUCGAAAAAACCCGAACUUAUGUACAAUUUAGGAAUUGCUAUGCUUCAUUUGCAAAGACCAAAAGAAGCGUUCGAAUGUUUUCUUGUCCCCCUCAAGGUUUAUCAGAACAACCCGAGACUUUGGCUGAGAGUGGCUGAAGCCUGUAUAAUGCUACAGGAAAAGAACAAUAAAUUGAGAGAAUACAAUCACAUUGUGGCGGGCACAAUCGGCUCUGGUGUACAUCGGAAAUUUGUCAUAACUCCGAAUCCAAAAAUAAUUUGCACGGAAAAUGGACAAACUUCUGCUAUACCGAACCCAAAUCUAGAAUUUGCCGCUCUCUGUCUACGCAAUGCUGUAUCCAUUGCGGAGCAUCAGAAAAGUCUUUUCGUUGCAGAAACAACUCAAACGUCCUCUGAGAGCCCAUCAAGUGAUACUCCUGCCCAAAUCAAAAAAGAUGUAUGCAAUCCAUCGCCACCGAUCACAAAAGAAUCAUUCAAUCGUCUACUUUCGGCAAUUUACACAGCAUACAGCUAUGUUUGCAUUCGGCUAGGAGACUUUACAAUCGCUCUGGAAAACGCUCGACUGCUUCUAAAAAUGGAAAACUUGUCGGACGAAAUGUCGAUGCUUGGACAUCUUUACUGUGCAGAAUCGCUGAUUAUGCUGAAUCGUCUUAACGAAGCGAAAGCAUACCUUGAUCAGAAUUUCAUUUCAAACCUGAACUCACAAGACUUCGAGACGAAAGACUGGCAGAUAAACUCGAUAGAUGCAGCUCAGUCGGUUUUGAGAUACAAUUUGGCUGUAACCUUGAUGCUUCAAGGUGACUACCAUGCAGCGAAGAAUGUUCUUUCGCUGUGCACACAUCCUGUUGUUUUUACAAAAUACAAAUUGUUGAAAAUGUAUAUGGAAUUAGCUUUUGGUCAUUUAGAAAAUUGUAAAAUUAUGGUGAAAUUUGAUACGCCACAAUUUAGGUAAAUUUUAAAAAAUAAAAAUGAAUUGG